CAAGCAAAGGUACUCGAUUUGCGUCAAGAGCCCUGUUCAGUCCUCCGGGGAGCCUGCUCGCAGCAAGGCAACUAGCGGUCUGGUACUCUCUACUAAGCACAUCUUAAGAAGACGCUGAACACAUUAGCAAACGUGAGACUUCAUCAAGUAAGUAAGCCUCGGCAUCUCGCGAAGGCUUCGUCGCCUAACGGAGGAACUCCGCUUGCCGGAACCAGAUUAUUUCUCCCUCGACGUGGACUACGCGCGAUGUCACCCGAAAUGACUUCGUCUACGAAGUUCAUUGGUGACGAUGACAGCGGCGUGUGGCUGCCGAAGCGCGACCACCGGACCGUAGGUUGGCCACUGACCGGCAAUCCGCUGCCGGUCAUCGUGAUUACGGCCGCGUACGUGUACUUUGUCAAGGUGGCCGGUCCCCGCUGGAUGUCCAGCCGCAAGCCCUUCGAACUGAAGGCCUGCAUCCUCGUCUACAACCUGGCGGCCACACUCCUCAGCGCCUUCUUCGUGUGCCGUUUCGUGAAGCUCGCGUACUGGGACCUGGGCUACACCUUCCUACAGGGCCUCGACAACACCGACUCCCCAGAGGGCCUCGAGAUUGUGCGCUUGUCCUGGUGGCUUUACAUGCUCAAGAUCUGCGAGCUCGGCGAUACCGUGUUAUUUGUGCUGCGCAAGAAUAACCACCAGGUCAGCGCGCUGCACGUAGUGCACCACGUGAUCGUCACCUGGAACAUGUGGCUGAACGUGAGCUACGGCGCCCAGUCGCACGAAAUGUUCAUCACGUGCAUGAACACGUUUGUGCACGUGUUCAUGUACACGUACUACUUCCUCGCGGCGCUUGGUCCAGCCUACAAGCGCCUGCUCUGGUGGAAGAAAUACAUGACCAUGAUGCAGAUCUCGCAGUUUGUCAUCCUGCUGGCGCACGCCGUCGGCAUGGUGUUCGCCAAGGGAAACUACGUGGGCCUCUUUGUGUGGCUCGAGGUGGCGCAGGCGAUACUAUUCUUCGUGUGGUUUGUGGUCUUCUACAUUCAAGCUUACUCAAGGAAAAACCUGUAGGUGUUUGCAACGUUCCGUCUGUGAUCUGAUGCGUUUUUUUUUGUUCUGUUUUUUUUUUCUUUAAGUGUCCUGGACUUCUGCUAUUUGGACUGUUUUGAA